AUGGCCUGUACCAAGUCAGGAAUACGACAAUGGCAGAUUUUGUGCCCUGGAUACAAAAAAGACGUCGACACGUUUACAGCUACUGAUUUCAAGUAUUAUGAAAAAUACAUAAAGUAUAAAAGCCUAGAUUUCGGAAAAUCUCUUGCUUAUUUGCCGAAAUCUACAGUGGAAAUAAUCAACAAUAAAUCAGCUACGUUUACUACUGGUGAUAUUAUAACACUUAGAAUAAUCCUCCAUAAUAAAAAUGGUGACGUUGUAACUGAAAGUGGUGACUUUCUAAAAGUUUGGAUGUCUGAGAAAGGGAAAGGCGCAGGUUCAGCGGGGUAUAUAGUAGAUCAUGGUAAUGGUACGUAUAUCGGAGUGAUAAAAGCAUUAUGGUGCGGAUAUCCGAACAUCAAAAUUUCAUUGUCAUUUCCAAAAGAAUCAAUUGGACUAUUUGUAAACUACAUAUACAAGAAUGGAAUGUUGAGGACUAUGAAAGGAGUGUUUAAGAAUGCACGUGGAGAAACUGGUAAAGGUCCAUGUGGGAUUCACACACGGACAAAACACGGCAUCUGUGACUUUACAUCAAAGAAUUAUGGAAUGAGAUGGUUUUGUUCAUUACCAGAUACACCUGGGUUUUAUUGUUCAGACUGGUAUUCCAUAAUUGGAGAUACGAACAGGUCUACAUUUACAACAACACAGAGGAACUUCAUAAGUUCUACCAGUAAUAAAAUUAUAAAGGAAAUUAAAGUUGAAGUACAUGGUGAUAAAUUCAUAGAUCACCCAGAGUACUUGUGUAGACAAAUAAAUCCUUCAGUCACAUGGAACAUUUCGUCCCCAGUUGGAUAUAUUUAUAAUGAAACAUGGCAUAAUCUCUUAUGCCAAAACAAUGUUGAACCAAGUUACAACAGAUAUGUAUCCUGUCUUAAGAACAGGGAGAUAUACAUGGUUGGAGAUUCCACAGUGCGACACUGGCUUAUGACAAUUGCUGAGAUUUUGAAUCUGACAUACUCAAUAAAACUGACAUUCCAUCCUCAUCAUCCAAUCAAAGCUUUCAGUAAAAGUACAAGAGACAACAUUACUGUUACAUGGGCUGCCCACGAGUUCCCAUUUUUUGCUUAUACAUCUAAUGCGACAAUAAAUUAUUUUAAGCCUGCAAGAUAUCACCUCAACGAACUACGUUCUAAAAAUCCGAUUGUAGUACUGCAUUGGUAUGUUCAUAUAGGGUUUGUUCCAUUGUCAGUUUAUAAAGAACAUGUAAUGAACGCUAAAGAGUCUAUAGUUGAAUUAUUGGACCGUGUGCCUGACGCAAAGAUAUUCAUCAAAGGCCCACAUAACUUACAAUAUACUGACGGUGUCCCAUAUGACUUUGUGAGAUAUUUACAGGAUAGAAUUAUAUUCAAAAUUUUUGACAAUAUUAAACAUAAGAUUGUGUAUUUAAACCAAUGGGAUAUCACAGUUGCUUCAGAAAGCUACGAAAUGCAUCCUUCGAAUAGUUUAAGACAUCAAAUGAUACAUGAAUUACUGUCAUAUAUUUGUUAA